GAAAAACUUAUUUAACAUAACUUGAAAAAUUCUGUCAAUUUGCGUUUUUGCGUUACCAAAUUUGAGAUAUAAGAGUAAUUUAUUGUUUUGGACAACAAACCACACGGACACUAACAAUCGGGGAGUCUGCUCUUUUGGAAGGCAAAGAGCUAAAGGACAAUACAAAGAACUCAUGACCGAAAUCAACCCGGCCAAGGGCCGGGCACAGAGCUAGUUAUUGUAUAACCAAAAUUGCUUCUACAUAAAACGAUUGCGACUGGCGUGAUUAUGAAUAGAAAAUUUUGGUUACUUUCUUGUAGUUUUUCUAUUCAUUAGGCCUGUCGACUUCAACGUUGACUGGUAAACACUGUCGAACCAUAUCCUCUCCAUCAUUUCUUUAUAAUAAUCACACUACCCAAAACCACUUCUCACCAUCACAACUUCACUUCACAGAAACUCAAAAUCCGCCAUGGCCAAUCCAUCUCCAACCUCACCGCCCGACCCCGACGAAAUCACCCACGACUUCCCUCCUCUCCUCCGCAUCCACAAAAACGGAACCGUAGAGCGCCUCCUCGGCACCCAAACCGUCCCCGCCUCCCUAACCGACCCGAAAACCGCCGUCCAAUCCAAAGACGUCCCUUACUCCACCACCAACACCAACCCAGAUCUCGUCGCCCGGCUCUACCUACCCAAGCGAACCAAACCGAACCAGAAGCUCCCGCUCCUGAUCUACUACCACGGUGGCGGAUUCGUCAUCGAGACCGCCUUCUCUCCGACCUACCACAACCACCUCAACGCCUUGGUCGACGAGGCGAAUGUAAUCGCCGUCUCCGUCGACUACCGGCGAGCCCCCGAAAGCCCGCUCCCGGUCGCGUAUGAGGAUUGCUGGGCCGCGCUGAAAUGGGCCGCGUCACACUCCGAUGGGCCCGGGCCGGAGGAGUGGCUCAAUGACCACGCGGACUUCGGGUCCGUGUUUCUCGCGGGUGACAGCGCGGGCGCCAAUAUUGUUCACCACAUGGGGAUAAGGUACGGGCGAGAAAAGGUAGAGGGGCUGCCGCGGCUGGCCGGGUUGGUCCUGGUCCACCCGUAUUUCGCCGGGAAGGAACCGAUCGACGACGAGGCGGCUCAGGUGCCCGAUUGGUGGGAGCGGUUCUGGUUGCUGGCCUGCCCGACGUCGACGGCCGGGCUGGACGACCCGUAUCUGAACCCGGCGUUCGAGCCGGACCUGGCCCGGCUGGGCUGCUCGAACGUGCUGGUUAUGGUGGCGGAGAAGGAUUUCUUGAGAGCGAGAGGGAAGCAUUACUGCGAGCUGCUGAAAGGGAGCGGGUGGGAAGGUGACGUGGAACUUGUGGAGGCGGAAGGCGAGCAGCAUGUUUUCCACUUGUGGAAUGCUGGCUGCGAGAACGCUGCCGUUUUGGUGAAGAAGAUAUGCUCCUUCAUAAAUAGUAGUAAUUGAAGUUCUAUAAUGUUUGUUUUUUUUUGGUUUGGCAUCGUUGACUGGGUUGGGCUGGGUUGGGCAGUUGGAUGUUAAUGUCCAUUUGUACUUUUGUAAUAAUGCAUGGUGUUAGCUCUCUAGCAUUUUCCGAAUCUUGGUUUGUCCGUUUCGAUGCAUUAAACGGUGUAAACGUAACGGAGGUUAUACCGGAAAAAUUUAACAUAGACUAUUAGGUAGUAAAAUCAUGGGAUAGUUAUGAUUUAACUAUUUCAUAUAACUAAAUUACUUAUUGUUUUGGGUUACAGAGAGACUCUAAUACCAUUCAUAACAUGUCGAACAUUUUUUUGAUUAAGAUAUUAUCCAUUUUGGGUAUAAACUCUCACGGUUUUUAUUACGAGUAUAUAUCCAGGGUGAAGUGCUAGAGGUCACUCAUUUUUGGAUUGCUCUAUAGUGAACACGUUUAAUUUUAGAAUUCUUAUAAGAACUUUUUCCAUUUCAUUCCAUAAUAUGUAAGUUAAAGUGAAUUUCUUCCUUUUUAUUUUAUUUCCAAGUGAUAUCAAGAGAAGAUAAGAGUUAUACAAACAAAACUACCCAUGAAUUCCUUAUAAGCGACACCCUACUAUAAGCGACACCCUACUAACUCUAUGAGAGACAAAAGAGUGCUUUGAGCACCACUCUAUAAAGAGCAUUGUUGGUGGCUCUAGGAACCACCCUAAACUCUAUACAAAUUGACAAAGAGAUUAGGAUCUGAUGACACUCCCGGAGCAUCGAACCUCUAAUGGAAUCUUCUAGAACACCUUGUCGGAUCUUGCUGGCGACCACCUCUCAAUCACCUUUCACUAACACGUGAGUCAAUGAUCUUGAGGCGAUGAGGAGAUAACAUCUCUUACUACUAGGAGCUCUGCAUUAAGGGUUGACUACUCCCUAGUGACGCAAACCGGCUGCCAACAAUACAUGCCCGUCUGAGCCACGAAUAACAAGACCGGGCGAGCACCCUGAGAUGCAAGCACCUGCAUCGAAGUUGAUCUUCAAAGUGAAUUUCCUUAUGAAUUAUAGAUUUCUUCGGUACUAGAUAUUAACAAAGUCGGUUUAUUUUG